CCCUAUCUCUCUGCAGUGAGGUUACUUAGGCAAAAAAACACAAACACACACACUCAAUCUUUCUUUGGCCAGCUUUGUGCUAGAGUCGUUUUCCAUGUUCCCAGCAGUGUGGAGCUUAACGAAGCAGUGCUGGUGUAUUUGAGCCGGCUGGCACUGUUACCCCCAUCCUCCCUCCCUCCCCCUCUUGUACACAUGGUGGCUGCCUUGUUUCAGAAGCCACUGACCACAUUCGCUUGACUUCUAGCUGCCCAUACUUGACUCAGUGUGUGUGUCACCAACCACUCUCUCACCUUCUUAUGUCAAAACAACUAGCAGCUCUGCAGUCCUGGGUCUACCAGAGGGCAUCGAUAUGACUAGGCACUUCCUGGCACCCCUCCAGUGCCCUCAUUCCCCCUAGGGUGAUGUAAUACCCUCAUGGUGAAAAGAUCAGAGCACCUCCCCUCUUCUCACUCCCCCCUCCCCUUCGUCCCCCUCUCUCUGUAAGCCCCGAAAAACGAUCGCCAUUAAGUGGCCUGGCGCCUGCAAAGAUCCAGAAUGAUGAGUCACGUUUUGAAGAAGUCACUUCCCUCGGCAACAACUUCUGUUCCUGUCCAUGUCUCCCGGGAAAUGUGACUCCCAGAAAAGGCCAUGGAAAGGAAUUCUCCGGGCCUUUUGGUCUGGCUAUCUCCCUGUGAUAAGCACUGAUCAACAAUCCAUUAUCUCCCAUAGUCUUGCUGUGCAAUCACAGCCCACUGUAAAAUGAGUUGGCCCUACAAACAAAAACAAAGUCAGAAAAUUAGCAUUUUCUGACACCCAUUACUCACUGACCUAAUCCUGUUAAGGAAUUUCUUCCCUGCUAUCUGAACAGGGCUGCUCCUUCACUGAGGCGUUAUCAGUCAGAGUAAACAGUCUGGGCCCUCCAUUAAAUAAGUUUCACAGUCAGUGGGGGAGCACUCAGGCCACAACCUCUCCUGCUGUUGACCCUGACACCCCUCCCUCUCUACUCCUCCUUGGUAUGGCCCGGUUCUGGACUGGGGUUCCAGUGGAGGGUCAGAUGCUGCUGGGAUAUAUUACCAACAGUGAGCUCCUACUCCUAAAAGAGUGUAUGUGUGGGGGGGUUGUGGGAGUUUAUCCAAAAGGUUAGUUUGUGAGCUUCUCCAAGUUGCAACACUGUUGCUUGCGAUGUUGUAGAGAAGUUAGGAAAGAGUUAAACUCAUCAAAUACCAAAAUUCUAUUUCUGAGCUUGUUGGAUGCUAUGAUAAAGUUUCAAUGCUACUUCAACAGUCACAAGAAAAGUUCGCAAGGUUGUUUUUGCGAGCUGGCUGGUUGGAGUUUCAGUUCAGGAUGAAUCUCAGUUGGUUCAGUGGCCUGCACUUGAGGAAAGUGUGAUUGUGUAAUAUCGGGUGUACAAGGUGGGAGACCUGGAAUGAUGUCGGACGAGAAUUGCAAAGAGGCGAAUCCAAGUCAGCUUGUGGGUCAUUUGGAGGUGAGGCUGCCUGCUUCCGUGGGUUCAAGAAAAGUUCAGCCGCAUAGCAUUAGGCAAAUUAGCGAGACAGCGACUGGGGGACAAAAAAUCGGAGGGGUACUGAACGAUGAGAGAGCACGGGAGAGGGGUCAAAUGUGUUGAAAGGAGGAGCUCAAAAGACGACGAAUCUCUAGAAAAACGAAACAGUAUGGUGAAAAUUGUUUCAUUGUUUCACUGUUUUAUUCUUAAAAUGUAUUCAUAAAUAGUCUGCAAAGCUGUAUUUGUUUGUUUAAUUAGGCUUGAAUCGAGUCGUCCAAUAUUUUUGUUCUCACUUUGGACGUGCGGUAGCCUAGUGGAUUUGCGGAUUUGCCCAUGUCCGACGUCUCACUAUGUUGGGUAAUGUCACCAAAGAGUUAAAUAUGGGAGGAGCCAGGAUGAAAAGGGAGUGAGGAAAGAGAAGCGAUUGGAGGUGGGGCCAAAGCCCCAGCUGCUGUGCCUUGUCACAUUCUGCAGAACAUGAUCCCCACAAUUAGUGUGGGAAUGAAUUCGGUUUCUCUCUCAACACAAACAAGGCGAACUAAGUAUCUUGUGCAAACUUGGACGUUAGAAAAUUAUAGGACAAAAUAGAAGAUACGGAGAAGCGUCGUGCAUUUUUUGUGUUCUGUAGAAUAAGUGAAACCGUGGACCGCGAGUCUGGUCGUACACCCAAGGCAGGAGCGCAAACGGGACAAUCUUCCUUAUCCCAGAGGACGAGCUGGAAGUAUGCGGAAUGCAUUUCAGCUCUACAACAGCUCUGUUGCCAUUCUGAAUCCGCUUCAUGGCUGUUGAAAUUGUCUGGAAGAUUAAGGAUAUUACAAGAGAAGAUUUUGUAUUUUGCUGAGGAUUUAAGUUUAUCAUUUAAACAAGGCCGAAUGGACUGAUCAAUCUCGCAGAAGUUAUCUGGGUCGUUUUCGAUCAAACGAACCAUCCGGUUCAUUCCGAGCUAUCCUUUGGAACCAUCAUGUUGACUAUUCUUUUGAAUGAUUUCUUUCUCAAAUGGAAUGCGGGUGAUUAAUCCAUACAUUGAAAAGGCUAUAGCCUGAAGCCCUGUCUUUGAUUAGCCACACAAUAAGACUCAGAAUCCAGAGCACUGUGUCUGGACGGAUUUAUUUAGUUUCUUUCAAAUUUAUCGCAUCUUUUUCCUUUUUAACUAUUUGUACUACCUCUGCUGUUGUUAAGCCCAAAACCACUGUGGGCUACGCACACAUUUUGUCUGCCCAAAUCCUUGCGCGCAGACAUUUCCCUUUUUUGACAAUAAUCCCUGCGCUUUCAGACUACGAAUGAUGUAUGAGAGUGUGGACGUAGUGGGACUGAAUCCCAGUCCGAACCCGUUUUUAAUGAUGGAUUACUACAACCAGAGCAGAGGAUGCCUUAUCCCGGAGAAAGGACUUGUGCCCGGAGCGCCCCAUCCGUACAGCACGUCCAUCAGAAAUCAACACUGGAACGGCUCGAAUCACUCGAUAGAAACUCAGAGUACCAGCUCAGAGGAAAUAGUGCCAAGCCCCCCUUCGCCACCCCCUCCCCCACGGGUCUACAAGCCCUGCUUUGUGUGCCAGGACAAGUCCUCAGGGUACCACUAUGGUGUCAGCGCCUGCGAAGGCUGCAAGGGCUUUUUCCGGAGAAGCAUCCAGAAGAACAUGGUGUACACCUGCCACCGGGAGAAGAACUGCAUCAUCAACAAGGUCACACGCAACCGCUGCCAGUACUGCCGGCUGCAGAAGUGCCUGGAAGUGGGGAUGUCCAAGGAGUCUCCUCGCUCCAGCUCCAAAGGCGGGAUGGCGUCGGGCGCCCAGCCGCCGCCCCCACCCUUGGAGACCGGGCUGGGACAGACUGGGGCGGACAGGGCUCCCCCGGCGGUGAGAAACGACCGAAACAAGAAGAAGAAGGAUGAGAAGAAGCAGGAAUGCACAGAGAGCUACGUUCUGACCCCCGACACGGAGCAAAUGAUCGAGAGGGUCCGCAAGGCCCACCAGGAGACGUUCCCCUCCCUCUGUCAGCUGGGGAAAUACACUACGAGUAACAGUUCGGAGCGCCGCGUGUCUCUGGAUGUGGACCUGUGGGACAAGUUCAGCGAGUUGUCCACCAAGUGCAUCAUCAAGACGGUGGAGUUUGCCAAACAGCUGCCUGGCUUCACCACCCUCACUAUCGCCGACCAGAUCACCCUCCUCAAAGCUGCAUGUCUGGACAUACUGAUUCUGCGGAUCUGCACGCGCUACACCCCAGAGCAGGACACCAUGACGUUCUCAGACGGCUUGACGUUGAACCGGACCCAGAUGCACAACGCUGGCUUCGGCCCGCUUACCGACCUGGUGUUCUCCUUCGCCAACCAGCUCCUACCCUUGGAGAUGGAUGAUGCAGAGACAGGGCUUCUCAGCGCCAUCUGCCUGCUUUGUGGAGGCGACUGUACAGACCGGCAAGACCUGGAGCAGGCAGACAAGGUGGACGUCCUCCAGGAGCCGCUGCUGGAGGCCCUGAAGAUCUACGUGAGGAAGAGGAGGCCACACAAACCACACAUGUUCCCCAAGAUGCUGAUGAAGAUCACCGACCUCAGAAGCAUCAGCGCCAAAGGGGCCGAGCGUGUCAUCACCCUGAAGAUGGAGAUCCCAGGCUCCAUGCCGCCUCUCAUCCAGGAGAUGUUGGAGAACUCUGAGGGUCUGGACAGUGGGGCCACAGGCUCCCGGAGCAGCGGAGCCCCCCCAGGCAGCUGCAGCCCCAGCCUGUCUCCCAGCUCAGCCCAAAGCAGUCCCGCUACACAAUCACCGUAGCAGCCCCAUCCAUCCAUCCCUCUCGCCCCACGCUCUCUAUCCUCACCCCCCCCCCCCCCCUCCUGCAGCCGGGGGAGGGGCUAGACACCGGCCGUACGUUGGGACUCGCGUGUCCCCUUCGGCUUUCGACACUCUCAUCGUUCGGCUCCACUCCCCCGUUCAGGACUCUGUGUGGACAGGAUGAGAGGUGUCAGGAGGGAGGGGGGGGGGGGUUCUCUGAGAGAAGAUACUGUAAAAACACUGCUGAUAUCUCCUCUCCCUUCUUUCUCGCCACUUUUUUCUGAAAGACUGAUGGAUGCAAUAGGAGGGGACCCUGUGAGAGCUGUGGAGAUUGCCUCUAUAGACGCUGGAGAGACAGGGGGACAGACUUAACACCUGACACUUUUUUCGUUGUUCUCAGAAGGUGGCGGACUGCAGAUAUGGACUUGCCAAAACCGCACCUAAAGACUGGGUCUUUAUCAUUUUUCCAACUUCGAAAAACAGAUUUCGUACAAAAGAUAUAUAAAUAUAUAGAGAAAAGUUAGGAAUUAUUGUGUUUGACUUGUCCAUGAUGGAAUGACAGGUUGGGGGAAAAAAAGUUUUUUUGAAAUUAGAAACUGUAUUCCUCCACUGUUUUCAUCUUUUCUUAACCACCAAGAGUAUCAAGAGAGGUUACAUCUUUUUUUUUUUGCAGACUGAUGAUGAUCUCAUCAACAAAAGUAAAGAAGCUAAAAGUACUAUUCAAUUUAAACCAACACACGUGCACAGAAAAAAAAGAUGCGAUAAAUAUCACAUACUAUUCCAGGUUGGGUUCGUUUUCCUCUCUUUUUUUCUUUCUUUUUCUUUCUUUUUGCUGCAAAGAGAAUGAAAAAAAUGAUUGUAUGAACUUGGUUGUAUGAUAUGGUCACAGGUCCUUCAAGAAAUCAAAUGAAUGAAGAUUCUUUAUUAAGAUGUAUUUUAAGUAGCCUUUGAGUUUGUGUAUAUAAGCUGUAUUCAUUUCUUUAAACUAUGAAGAGUUUAGCCUUCACUUGAUUUUUAAAACAAAUACCUUCUCUGUGUUUUGUUUAUAGGUUUUGGGUUUCAAGAAAAAAUACAUUCUGAGCACAUUUUACUGAAGGAAACACAUACAUAUUUGGUGUGCUCCUAGAUUUUGGACAGGCCCGUGGAAUUCCCCAAGUUGUUCAAGGCUUCUACAGAUGAUUUCACUUUGUUCCCUCACUUUUCAACAGAUAUUUCAUACCAUGACACAAUAGCAUUAAAAUAUGGGACCUAGCUAUUUGACCAUGUUACAGAGAAAGAUGUUUGUUUUCUGGGGUCUGGCAAAGGUGAUUGAUACAACAUGUUCCUCCCAAGGCAUUGACUAAAGGCACAGUAUGAUUACAUAGAGCAAUGUUAGCAAUGGUAUACACUGUACUUACAGGAGUCUCAGAGAAACGACAAAUGUAUGGAAUGGAUGCAAGCCUGUUUUUGGUCAUAUAUGUAAAGCCCCCUUGAGUUUAUGUUGACUUGGACUUCUUAUCUCCCUAAUAAUUUAUUGUAACAAUCUGUGACCUUUGGUUGCAUCCAGAGCAAUGACAUGUCAUUAAUAUUUGCCAGUUAUCAAUAGCACCACAAAGGCUGGCUUUCAAACACACACACACACACACACACAUCUCAUUGAAAAGAUCAUUACUGUACCACAAAUGCACCAAUGUCUCAGGAAGGAAUCAUUCUGUGUGCUUUGCCUCGUUCUUUGUCAGAGUUCUGCAGUGCUGUGCCCCAGCUCCAGUUACUUAAACACACACACACACACCCCUGCUACUGAGCCCCUGGUGUCUUCAUCAAUCACUUAUGUUAGUCCUGUUAGAAGAAGGACUUGGCAGAGAAACUGGUCUUGACCAGCAAGUGUUUCUGAAGAGAAUGUCACUAUGGAGUCUCUCUGAAGUGUAGAUGGGUUGUUGUUUUUUCUUUAUUUGUACGGUCAAAGCUGCUUUCAUCAAUCAAGACUCAACCUGUCCAGAACAGCGCACAAGUUUUCCCUCCACGGCAAAUCUGGAAUAGGAACAGACACACCCUCAGUUUGAGAAUUAUGAAAUAUGUUGCAAUUUUGUCAAGAUUAUCAGGCGACUUAAAACAAAAUAAAACCAACAUUUAAUAAUUA